AUGACGUGGCAACCGGAGGAGGAUGGCUUGCGACAGCUAUGUGAAUAUUUGAAGAACUCACUGAGCGGGCAUGACAGAAACAAACAGAAAGAGGCCGAGCUGAUGCUCAUGAAUGCGAGAAAUAAUAAAGACUACGUGAAGUAUUUGACCUACAUAUUCAGCACACCCCAGUUCGGCCCGCAGUUGAAUCUCAAUGCGCCCAGUCUCUUUCUUAUUCGAUAUGCUGCGGCCAUCAACUUGAAGAACCAUAUAAAACUCUUGUAUCCCACCAUACCCAAGGAUCAACUGGCAUACAUCAAGGCAGCGACGCUCUCGGUCCUUCGUGAUCCCAAUCCCCAGCUGAGAAGUUUUGCCGGGACGGUCAUCACAGAAACUGUGCAACAGGGUGGCUUGCUCCAAUGGCCGGAGAUCUUGCAGGAGCUACUGACCCUGGUCGGCAACACGUCUGGAAAUGUCCCGGCUGAGACUCAGGAAGGCGCCAUGUCAGCGCUGGCCAAAGUUUGUGAGGAUAACCGAAAACUGCUCGACAAAGAGUUCCAGGGCCAACGACCCAUGACAGUCAUUGUCCCCAAGUUGUUGGAGUUUGCGAGCCAUCGCAACCCAAAGAUCAGGGUAUUUGCAUUGAGCACGUUGAAGGCCUUUAUUCCGCAAAAGUCCCAGGUGCUUUUCUCGGCCUUGGAUGUUUAUCUGCAGACGAUAUUCCAACUUGCUUCCGAUACGGAUGUUCAAGUCAGGAGAAUUGUGUGCCAGUCACUCGUUCAGCUUGUCGAUUCUCGACCGGACAUGCUCGCUCCUCACCUUGAGGGAUUAGUCAAUUAUAUUCUGACCCAGCAGCAAUCCGGAAACCCCGACCUUGCCUUGGAUGCGGCCGAGUUCUGGCUAAGUGUCGGUGAACAAGAACAGCUCCGAGACCUGAUGGGCCCUUAUCUCGAGAAGAUUAUCCCCGUCCUCCUCGCAGGCAUGGUCUAUGGGGAGGAUGAAGUGUUCAGGCUAGGUGGUGACGAAAACAAUGCUGAUGUGGAAGACCGCGCAGAAGAUAUUAAACCCCAGUUUGCCCAGACAAAGGCCGGAAGAGGCGUUACUUCUGAAAAUGAAGAUGACCCAGGCACUCCACAAGCGAACGGGACGCCGUCCAAGAGUGCCGAACUGAGUGAUGGAGAGAUUGAAGCCGAAGAUGAGGACGACGAGGAAUGGGAUGACGAUGAUCCAGAGAAUGCCUGGAGCUUACGCAAAUGCUCGGCUGCCGCGUUGGACGUGUUCGCCGUCAACUAUCAUUCGGCUGUCUUCAACAUCAUCCUCCCGUACCUGAAAGAAAAUCUUUCCCAUCAACUCUGGCCAAAGCGUGAAGCCGCCGUCCUUGCUCUUGGUGCCAUUGCCGAAGGUUGCAUGGAUGUGGUUUCACCUCACCUGCCGGAACUGGUACCAUUCUUGAUAUCUCUUCUCUCCGACGAAGAACCGGUCGUCCGACAAAUCACUUGCUGGUGCCUAGCACGGUAUUCCGAAUGGGCCGCACGACUCGAAUCCCAGGCCGACAAACAACAGUACUUCGAACCCAUGAUGGACGGUCUUUUGAAACGCAUGCUGGAUCAGAAUAAAAAAGUCCAAGAGGCGGGAGCGAGUUCCUUUGCCAGUCUCGAGGAGAAAUCGGGCGACAAACUCAAACCUUACAUCGAACCCAUCCUCCGCCAGUUCACCGAGUGUUUUAGGCGAUAUAAAGACAAGAACAUGUACAUUCUCUACGACUGCCUCCAAACUUUGGCCGACAACGUCGGAUCGGACAUGGCCCAACCGGAGCUGGUUGACCUCCUCAUGCCGGUUCUCAUUCAGCGAUGGAACAAGAUUCAAGACGAUUCUCGGGAAAUGUUUCCCCUAUUAGGCUGUUUGGGAUAUAUUGCCAUGGCAUAUGGCGAUACAUUUGCUCAAUUCGCUCCUCCCAUCUUCGACCGGUGUAUCAAGAUUAUCUAUGCCAAUCUGCAACAGCACAUGGCUUUCAUGUCCGGUGCGACCGUUGAUCAGCCGGAUAAAGACUUCAUCGUGACCGCUCUCGAUCUUUUGUCCGCCAUUAUCCAAGCCAUCUCCGAUUCCCAAUCCGCACCACUGGUUCAAAAUUCUCAACCGCAAUUCUUCGACCUCCUUUCCUUUUGCAUGGAGGAUCCUACCACCGACGUCCGGCAAUCCGCUUAUGCUGUCCUUGGCGACUGCGCUAUUGCCCUGUACAGUUCUCUAGAUCCCUACCUCCCGAAACUUCUACCAAUCUUGAUCCGCCAACUCGACCUUGACGCGAUGCCGGACGAUGACUCCGAGAAUGGUUUCAAUGUCCUGGCUAACGUCUGCUGGUCCAUUGGAGAAAUCGCUGCUCGCGCACCUACCUCUCGAAUCUCACCGUUCAUCGAACCCCUGUAUCAGGGCCUGAUUACCAUCAUCAAGAAUGAGGAAGUCCCUGACCCGGCAAAUGAGAAUGCGGCAACAGCUCUCGGCAGGCUCGGUCUCUCAUGCCCCAUUCAUCUCGCUCCAUUCUUAAAUGACUACGCGGAGCCUUUCCUGCAAUCCAUGUCCAAGAUCUCGACUUCUCACGAAAAAGCUUCGGCGUUCAUGGGCCUGAAUAACGUCAUUGAACGAAACCCUCAAGCGAUGGAGCGCAGUCUCGGGCUGUACUUCGCGGCCAUAGCUCAAUUUCCUCAAAAAGGCAAACAGGGCACUGAAUUCGGCGAGGUCAGAGCUAGCUUCGCCAGAGUCAUUCAGGGGUAUGUCGGUUUGAUCGGGAACGAAGGGUUUAACACCUUUCUGUCUGGAUUGAGUCCGCCCGUGCGGGCCAAACUGAGGGAUGGGUACGGUAUUGGGUCGGGUUAA